CAGUGCGGGCGCAAACCGGGCAAUGUGCCCGUCCCGCCGCUAGAUGACACCCGGUAAAGCGGGGAGAAGCGGGGCUGCUCCUCCCGGAGCAGUGACGGGGCUUUUUUUAACUCGGGUUAGCUGGCAGAGCUAGCCCGCCUGCCGGUCCCCCUGUCACUGCGAAUCAGCGGAGCUGCCGCCCCGUUUGACAGCAGUCGCAAAGGCGAGCUUGUAGGCAGUUCAGAAGACCUAAAAACUGCCGAAAACCCUGCAGACUGCAGUUGUGCGAGGCAAGCAGGUGAGGAUGAAGCUCCUACUUCUGGCAGCGAUCUUCGGGCUGAGCGCGGCUCAGUACGACCCGCAUUUCAAGGACGGCCGCACGGCCAUCGUCCACCUGUUCGAGUGGCGCUGGGAGGACAUAGCGCUGGAGUGCGAGCGCUAUCUGGCCCCCAAUGGCUUCGGAGGGGUGCAGAUCUCCCCUCCCAGUGAAAACAUAGUCCUUGACCAUCCCUGGCGAGCCUGGUAUCAGCGAUAUCAGCCAGUCAGCUAUAACCUGUGCUCCCGUUCGGGGACGGAGGCGGAGCUGAGGGACAUGGUGCAACGGUGCAACAACGUUGGGGUGAACAUCUAUGCCGACGUGGUCAUCAAUCACAUGUGUGGCGCUGGGGGCGGCGAGGGUAGGCAUUCGGCCUGCGGCUCGUACUUCAACGCCCACAAGGAGGAUUUCCCAGAGGUGCCGUACUCCUCGUGGGACUUUAAUGACGGCAAAUGCAGAACGAGCAACGGAGAAAUCCAGAACUACAAUGAUAUCUUUCAGGUGCGAGACUGUCGCCUGGUUGGGCUCCUGGACCUGGACGUGGAGAAGGACUACGUCAGGGAGAAAAUAGCCGAGUACAUGAACCGCCUGAUCGACAUCGGCUUAGCGGGCUUCCGCGUGGAUGCCUGCAAGCACAUGUGGCCCGGCGACUUGCAGGCCGUCUUCCAUCGGCUUCACAACCUCAGUGGCCAGUGGUUUCCAAGCAACGCCAGACCCCUCAUAUACCAAGAGGUCAUCGACCUUGGCGGGGAACCAAUCAAAUCGAGCGAGUACUUCGACUUGGGGCGUGUCACUGAGUUCAAAUACAGCGCCAAGCUCGGGACAGUCAUCCGCAAAUGGAAUGGAGAGAAAAUGGCGUACCUGAAGAACUGGGGAGAAGGCUGGGGAUUCAUGCCCAAUGAUAGAUCCCUGGUGUUUGUGGACAACCACGACAAUCAGAGGGGCCACGGGGCUGGCGGCUCGUCCGUUCUGACGUUCUGGGACCCCAGAAUGUACAAGAUGGCAGUGGGGUUCAUGCUGGCCCACCCCUAUGGACUGACAAGGGUCAUGUCCAGCUUCCGCUGGGACCGCUACUUCGAGAACGGCAAGGAUAAGAAUGACUGGAUGGGACCUCCAAGUUACCCCGACGGCACCACCAAGCCUGUUCCCAUCAACCCCGACACCACCUGCGGAGACAAUUGGGUGUGCGAGCAUCGCUGGCGCCAAAUCAGGAACAUGGUCAUCUUCCGUAACGUUGUCAACGGACAGCCCUUUUCUAACUGGUGGGAUAAUGGCAACAACCAGGUUGCUUUCGGUCGCGGUAAUCGUGGCUUCAUCAUCUUCAACAACGACGACUGGAUUUUGGACGUGACUCUGAACACGGGAUUGGCUGGAGGCACCUACUGUGACAUCAUCUCUGGCCAGGAGGAGGCAGGAAGAUGCACCGGCAGGCAGGUCUAUGUGGGCAGCGACGGAAAGGCCAACUUCAGGAUCAGCAACACGGAAGAAGACCCUUUCAUUGCCAUCCACGCUGACUCUAAACUAUGAAUGUGACCCUCAAGCUCAAUUAAAAGAAAAACAACAAAUCCCACAAAAA